GUCAGGAACGCUGUCACUCCAGCUAGCCUUUUCUCCAGGCGCAUGCGUAGUGUGUGAAGCGGAGGUGCUGGUCCAGAGAUUUGGGGUGUCCGUUCUAGCGGUGUCAGCGGUUAUCCGGGCUCACCUGCUCCUGGAACAGUGCAAACAUGCCGAUCAACAAAGCAGAGAAACCUGAAUCCUGUGAUAAUGUGAAAGUUGUAGUUCGAUGUCGUCCGUUGAAUGAGCGAGAGAAAGUUAUGGGCAGCAGGAUGGCUGUAAAUGUUGAUGAAAUGAGGGGAACUAUUGCUGUUCACAAAGUAGACUCUAUGAAUGAGCCCCCAAAGACUUUUACGUUUGACACAGUGUUUGGAAUAGACAGUAACCAGCUGGAUGUUUACAAUUUAACAGCCAGGCCAAUCAUUGACUCUGUGCUAGAAGGCUACAAUGGUACUAUAUUUGCCUAUGGACAGACAGGCACUGGUAAAACAUUUACCAUGGAAGGUGUUCGGGCUGUUCCAGAGCUCAGAGGAAUCAUCCCUAAUUCAUUUGCUCACGUAUUUGGUCAUAUUGCUAAGGCAGAGGGAGAUACAAGGUUUUUGGUCAGAGUGUCUUAUUUGGAGAUUUAUAAUGAGGAAGUACGGGACUUGCUCGGUAAAGACCAGACACAGAGACUAGAGGUUAAAGAAAGACCAGAUGUGGGAGUUUACAUCAAGGACUUAUCGGGCUAUGUAGUAAACAAUGCAGAUGAUAUGGACCGGAUUAUGACUUUGGGUCAUAAAAAUCGGUCUGUUGGGGCCACAAACAUGAAUGAGCACAGUUCUCGUUCCCAUGCAAUCUUCACUAUCACCAUAGAGUGCAGUGAGAAGGGAGCCGAUGGCAACAUGCAUGUACGAAUGGGAAAACUGCAUCUUGUAGAUCUUGCGGGUUCUGAAAGGCAAACAAAGACCGGAGCAACUGGACAAAGACUAAAAGAAGCCACAAAAAUAAAUUUGUCACUUUCCACCCUGGGAAAUGUAAUCUCCGCCCUGGUUGAUGGGAAGAGCACUCACGUGCCAUAUAGGAACUCCAAACUUACGCGACUGUUGCAGGAUUCACUGGGAGGGAAUUCCAAGACAAUGAUGUGCGCAAACAUCGGUCCUGCAGAUUACAACUAUGAUGAGACAAUCAGCACCCUCCGCUAUGCAAACCGAGCAAAAAAUAUCAAAAAUAAGGCCAGAAUCAAUGAAGAUCCUAAAGAUGCCCUUUUGCGCCAGUUUCAGAAGGAAAUUGAAGAACUCAAAAAGAAACUUGAUCAAGGAGAGGAAAUUUCUGGUUCUGAAGAUAGUGGAUCAGAAGAGGAUGACGAUGAAGAUGGAGAAAUUGGAGAGGAUGGAGAAAAGAAAAAAAGACGAAGAGGCAGUAGCAGCAGUAGCAACUCAGACUCCACAGUGAUAGAGAGACCAGUGGAUAAGAAGUUACCUAAACCAACAGGCAAGAAAAAGGUAUCCCCUGAUAAAAUGGCAGAGAUGCAAGCACGAAUCGAUGAAGAAAGGAAGGCUCUCGAAGCAAAACUUGAUAUGGAGGAAGAAGAAAGAAAUAAAGCAAGAGCAGAACUGGAGAAGAGAGAGAAAGACCUGCUAAAAGCACAACAAGAACACCAGUCCCUUCUAGAGAAACUUUCUGCCUUGGAGAAGAAGGUCAUUGUUGGUGGGGUGGAUUUACUGGCUAAAGCAGAGGAACAAGAACGGCUUUUAGAGGAAUCAAAUACUGAACUUGAAGAACGUAGAAGGAGAGCAGAGAAGCUUCGCAGGGAACUAGAGGAGAAGGAGCAAGAACGGUUAGACAUUGAAGAAAAGUACACAAGCUUACAGGAGGAGGCGCAGGGUAAAACCAAAAAGUUGAAAAAAGUGUGGACCAUGCUAAUGGCAGCCAAGUCUGAGAUGGCCGAUCUGCAGCAAGAACACCAAAGAGAAAUAGAGGGGCUAUUGGAGAACAUCAGGCAGCUAAGUCGAGAGCUUCGUCUUCAGAUGAUCAUUAUUGAUAAUUUUAUUCCCCAAGACUAUCAGGAAAUGAUUGAAAAUUAUGUACACUGGAAUGAAGAUAUUGGUGAAUGGCAAUUGAAAUGUGUUGCAUACACUGGAAACAAUAUGAGAAAGCAAACCCCCAUACCAGACAAGAAAGAGAAGGAUCCUUUUGAAGUUGACCUGUCUCAUGUAUAUUUGGCUUACACUGAGGAGAGUCUGCGACAGUCCCUGAUGAAGCUUGAAAGACCUAGAACAUCAAAAGGAAAAUUAAGACCCAAAACCGGUCGUAGAAAGCGUUCUUCGAAACCAGAAGCUGUGAUAGACUCCUUAUUACAGUAACUGACCAUUCUACAGGAUUAUGAAGAAUAUCUCUUGUCCAUUUAAGAUUAUGAAUUGUAACUGACUUUGGUAUUUCAGUGCAAUGUUAAUUGCCAGGUGGCCCGUUGAGGUAUGCUGUGUAUAGGCCAUGUAGGAUAUCUGAUGUGUUGCAGAAAGACCGUUUUUAUAAUGAACAUAUUUUGUCUUAUUAAUUUGUUGUGCAGUGUCUCACUGUCUUGUGUAAGCAGUACCUAAGUUUCAGUUUCUGCUGUUCUACUCACAUUUCACUCUCCUCAUAGAUAUAAUGUAGAAAGUCGCCUAGAGUAGAGCUCUUCAAUAAUAUUUCAAACAUUUUGCCAAUAUAACUAUUAAUCUGAUUGUGUCCAAAAGUGCAAUGCUUUUAUCUUCUCAGUUGUACUUCUAGUGCAUUAUGUCAAAAACUGGUAGAUUUUUAUUUUAUUCACGCAGUAAAGCAGAUAAAUAAACAAAAGAUUUUUGUUCAUGCACCAAUAUAAAGUUGUUUGAUGUUGUAUUUGACUUUACUCCUGCACAUGCAGUAGUUUUUGUUGGCCUAAAAAGAUAUUUCCAUAAUCAUUCAUAGGAUUACUGGAUACGAAGUCCAUGUCAAGCUCCAGUCAAAAUGAUGUUUUGGAUAGAAUUGAAUAGUGUUGGAAAUACUGUUAAGACCUUUAUUGCUGUCUGCAUCACAGUUGGUGAGUUUUCCUCUCACUUACUGUCCCAGUGAUAGUGGUCAUCGGAGCAGUUAGUCAAUGGAAACUGAACAACUGAGACAUGGACAGUAAUAAAAAGUUAACAAAGGUUUACAUUUUUAAGUUCUGAUACGAUCCACCAAUCUUUACAUAUAUCCAUGAAUGUUAGUAAAUUAUUUUGUAUAUA